GCGACAGCCCUGGUCAUUUGUUUAUGUUAUUGACAAAAAUUUAAUACGAUUAGAGUCAAUGUUUACGUGGGGUCUAUGUCAUCUAAGCACACACCGGAUAUAUCAGAGCUGCUACCGGUGCGCGAGUACCGCUGCGAGCACUGCACAGAUCAAGUAUUUGGUAAUCAAAGUCAUUAUAGCCUGCAUCUUCGACGAAGACACAAAUUGGCACUCAUAAAAAACGAUGCGACGAAUCGGGCAUAUCAUUGUCCAGUGGCGAAUUGUAUUUAUCAUGAAGAACGGAAAGGCGGAAGAGGUUUUACAAAUCUCCGAUUUCUACGGCAACAUUACCAAAAAACGCAUAUGACCAAGACUUUCAAAUGCAAUAAUUGCAAUGAAGCAUUUCUACUGGAGCGGCAUUUGGAAAAACAUCAAUGUUGUUCCACUUAUCCUUGUCCUAUAUGUGGACUCACCUAUACCAGCAAGGCGAGCCUCCAGACCCAUAUGCGACGUAAGAAUCAUCUCAGCGUGACUUGUGAGAGCGAUAUAACUAAGAAUGUAGCCGAAUUGUCUAAGGUAGCAAUUCCUAAACUGAAGCCUUGCAAAAAUUUGCCAAAGAGCACAAUUAAAAUGGUAGAUCAAUCGACAAACACUGAGGAAGCGCCUUCAGAUGAUCCGCCAAAUAAUGUGUCAAACAUGGAGCACAUACCCACUGUAGAUUCACCUAUGCAACCAUCAUUCUAUUGCCUGCCAGACGUCGAGGUUCCCUAUGCUCUGCAAACAUCCACGCAGACCGAAGAUAGCGUUGACAUGGACGUGGCGAUUCAAACGGCUAUAGAUGUAGCUCUUAAGGAAAGAGAAAAUGCAGAGAACGGAUUGCCAAUGCCAAGUUUGACAUAUGAUGAAGUCAAUCGCCUUUUGCGCGAUAUGGAAACACAAACGGAAGAUGUGGAUCUUGAUGAGCUCGAUAUGAACAAUGAGGUGCUGGGUCCACUGCUUCGUGAUAUUCAAACCCAAACGCUCGACAACAGACAACACCAAGGGACAAUGACAGAACUAGACCAGGACACGGAGACACAACCUAAUGAUAAUUAUGCAGCUUACCAGGAGGAGCAGGAGACGAUGUUCGGGCCGCAGAACUCAGCUCACAUGCACACCCAGACUUGCGAUGAGCUGUUUGAAGAGCUUGGCCUAUCGCACAUACAAACCCAAACACAUUGGCCAGAUGGUCUCUACAAUACGCAACACACGCAAACUUGUGACGAAAUGCUGGACGAGCUGUUAGAGAAUUUUCAAUCGACCUAUACGCAAACCAGAUGGUAGGACUGGCACUGAAGACGCUGUUAA